AUGUACUAUCAGGGACUUGUGCGUUUUAAUUCGUCCAAGAGCCCUGAUGGGAAGCCUUCUAACUCCAACUCCUAUAUUACUACUAGCGAAAUUGAUCCUGUGCUUUUGGAUAAACUGUUUCGGAACAAUAAGCCCCAGAAAUCGAUCUUACCUCAACAUGGGUCAUUUGCGCUUCGACAGCAACUCGCGAACAUUCAGCAAAAGGAUAAGUUCAAGGUCUUGGAUGAAAAUUUGUUGAAGUUACAGUCGACGCCGAUUAACUUCAAUUACUACUUACGAAAUCUGAAAGAUUUGAAGAAUGCUAAUCAGUUGCCAUAUAAGUUUGGUGCAAAUCAACUGGUUUCGAAAGAUUCAGCUGUUAAUGAUCUAUUACGAAAGGUUGUCUGGGAAUUUAACGCACCCAUAAGGUACGCAUUUGGGUACGGAUCUAAGGUUUUUGAUCAAGGUUCAACGAAGUCUUCAAAUUCGCAAGUUGACAUGAUAUAUGCAGUUUCUUAUCCUGAUCACUGGCAUUCGCUGAACGUCGCUCAAAAUCCCGAUCAUUAUUCCAGUCUUAGGCACUUAGGUUCAAGCAUAGUAUCCCAGAUUGGUGAACUGGGAGCAGGAGUGUAUUUCAAUCCGUUUGUCAAGCUCAAUUUCAAAAGAAGCAAGGUAGACACAAAUUUCGAGCUCAAAUACGGAGUCACUUCUAUGGACACAUUGAUAAAUGAUCUCAUAAAUUGGGACACGAUGUAUCUAAGCGGAAGAUUGCACAAGCCUGUUGCUGUGGUAAGGAAUACUCCCAAAAUUUGUCUUUUGAAUCAGUAUAAUUUGACGAAUGCUAUCAAGUUGUCACUACUCUUGACCAACAAAAGUGAGAUUUCAGAGUAUGACUUGUAUCAUCAAAUUGCGGAGCUAAGUUAUUUGGGAGAUCCAAGGGUAAAGGCAAGGGGUGAGGAUAUUCACAAGGUUGACAAAAUUGUAAGCAACCAGUUCGAACAAUUCAGAGAAAUGUACCUGCCGCUUCUCACAAAUUAUUUUCCAAAAGUUGUCCAACUGAUCAGUGCUCCAGACAGUGCUGAACAUCGCUUUAAAGUGAAUUUGGACUCGCAAAGCAUCGCCGAAAUAAUUGCAGACUUGCCAAGUACGUUUAGAAAACGUCUACUGUCGAAAUUUACCUCGAAGUACGAGUCUAGCCUUGCUUCGGAUUUAUUCGCAAGAAGAAUUAUUGCUCCAACUCAACAGCUUCCAGAUCUGAAACCAGUGAAGCCAGCUUCAGAUCUUUCGUUUUUGGAUCUUCAAAGGCUUUCCGAAGAGGCAAGCCUAACUCAGAUACCAGUAGAGGACUGGAAUUAUCUUCCCAACACAUUCAAAGUGAAGAACUCGCCAUUUAUCCGAGACAUUGCAAAUGACGAUCUACUUACCAAUUCUCUCAAACACACAGUUAAGGAGACCGUUCUGAGACCGGCGUUGAUUCAAAGCCUCAAGGGCGUUCUAACAGCUGGAGUGCUCAGAUCGUGGAAAUAUGCCUCAGAGAAGAGGAGAAAAUUCAACCAAAGUAUAAAUAAUGAAUCAUAA